UCUUUUUGCUCACUUCGCGAAUUGGUUGCCAGCAUUUGUCUUUAAAAGAUCUCUGCCAUGUCCACAAACCUCUUUCCUAUGAAAGAAAAAGGUUAGGGGAAUAGCUGCAUUGUUAAAUUAGCUAUUUCCAGGAAAUACACACCAAAGAAAGCAAUCUUCAUUCAUUGAAAUGGAUGGAGAUUUCAAUUCUUUUCAAGUCUAAAAGGCCAAAAGUGUAGCAAAAAGACAAGCUUGUUACUUUGUCUCACCUCUGGCAUACUCAUCUUCAUUCCCCCCCCCCCCCUAAUGGUUAAUCAGGUUUAUUUUAGUUAAACCUCUACUUGAAACCCAAAGCAUCUCCGUUAUCGAACACAAGGGCAGUGAGCCGAGUUGCGGCUUAGUUUUACUCUUGUUUUUUCAUUAUCUGAUGUGAUUCUCUGCAACUUUUCCGAGACACUUUUCUGUCACAGCCAAUACCUAGUCUUUUCUCAAGGGGUAACAGAAAACUUCUUUUCUUGUUAAAACGAGUGCAUUUGUUGUCUAAUCAAGAACACAACUUUAAAUUCCACAAAAGGAAUCACCUUUGGAUUUCAGAAAUGGGGUGUGCCACUUCAAAGAAAGAGGUUGAAGAUGGUGUGGUGUCACUGUGUAAAGAUAGAAAACGCCUCCUGAAAUUGGCUGUGGAGCGUAGGUAUGCUCUUGCAGAUGCUCAAUGUAAGUAUAAUCAGUCUCUCUAUGCGGUUGCAGCUGCCAUAAGACUGUUUGUAGCUAGGCAUUCCUCUCCUUCUUCUCCUUUCCUCAUCACUUUCCCAGCUACUGAGACCCCUAUGGCAAACUCCAUGUUCUUUCAGCAAAAACCCACCGAGCCCACCCAUGAGACCAUUCACUGUCAAUCCUCUCUUUCAACAGUUUUUCUCAAGAGAGGGGGUCAAUAUCAAGGACAAGAGGAAGGUCCAAGAACUGAACAAGGUAAAGAGGGUUGUCUUGAAUCCUCAGAAGAAGAGGAAGAAGAUGGGGUCAUUUGUGAGCAUUUUUAUGGUGAAGAGGCUCCACCAGCAAUACCAUCGCCAGAGAAGGAGUUUGCCUGGGAUUUCUUCAACCCUUUUGAUGAGGUGAGGACAAGGGCAGUGAGCAGCUUCAGUGACAGUUCUCAGGAGGAAUUGAGAGCGGUGAGAGAGAAAGAGGGAAUCCCUGACCUGGAAGAAGAAGGUGAGAGAAAGGUCGAGAAUGCAACAAAUGCUGAUCAUGAUGGUGAUGGGGAGAGUAAGAAUAAGAACAAGAGUACAAAUUUGAGUAAUGGUGAUGGCCAUGAUGCAAAUAUUUGCCAAGGUGAAAAGAAUAGUUUCAGAAUGAUUAAGACACCUACAGCUAGAAACGAGAGAGAGUUGUUGGAAGCUUUGAAGGAUGUUGAGGACCAUUUCCUUAGAGCUUAUGAAUCUGGUUUGGAUGUUUGUAGAAUGUUAGAGGCCAAUAGAGUUCAGCUGCAAUCUGGUUUGGAGGAAUUCAAAGAGAGCUCAAGUAAAAUUAUCCGGUCAAUUACUUCAAGCCGGUCGCCGCUAUCCCGAUCUUCGUCCUCCAAAAGCCUCGUUUCAUGCAGUUCCAGAAGUUCUUUUACAUGGACAGAGUUAAAGACUGAUAUGUUUGAUGAUUAUGGAGGAAUGGAAUCUGGAAGCCACUCACUGACUCUAGGAAGGUUGUAUGCUUGGGAAAAGAAACUCUAUGAGGAAGUGAAGGCAGCAGACCAGACCAGGAAAACUUACGACCAGAAAUGUUCUCAAAUGAGAAACCGCAUUGCUAAACGGGAUGGCCUCUUCUCCGGAGACAAAACAAGAGCUGAAGUGAAAGACUUGCAUAGCAGAAUCUUGGUUGCAAUACGAAGUGCCGAAACGAUCUCCGAAAGGAUUGAAAAACUGAGGGAUGAAGAGUUGCAGCCGCAACUUAUUGAGCUGCUACAUGGCCUAAUGAGGAACUGGAAGAUAAUGAUGGAAUUGCAUGAAACCCAAAACCGAAUCAUGUUUGAAGUUACCUCUUUCAACUGUCCUGCUUAUGGAAAGUUUUGUAACGACUCUCACCGGCUUGCUACACUUCAGCUUGUGGAAGAACUUCAUAAUUGGCGCUCUUGCUUUGCUGCAUAUUUAUCUGCACAGAAGGAAUACAUUGAAGCUCUCAGCGGGUGGCUUUCCAAGUUCAUUUCUCCUGAAGUAGAAUUACGCCCCAAGAAGAGGUCUUCCGUCCCAGCAUUAGCAGUCGAUGGACCACCAUUACUGGCAACUUGUCUUGAAUGGUUGGCUAGCUUGGAGAAGUUGCCGAAUGAAGCUGUUGUUCGGGCAUUGAAAAGCUUCGGAAAGGAUAUGCACGCACUUUGGGUUCAACAGGGUGAAGAACAAAAACAGAAGAGGAAGGUCGAUGGACUUGCCAAAGAACUUGAGAGGAAGGUCUUGGCAUUCCAGAGAACAGAGCAUAGGGUUCUCAGUUCAAAAUUAUCUGAGCAGGAAUUAGAAGUAAAUGUUCGGAGUCGGAUCGAGUAUUUGGCAGAACGGAAAAAUCUGUUGGAUACAUUCAGGAAAAGAGUAGAUACCGAGAAAUUAAAACACCAAACUGUCAUCGAAGAAACACAGCAGAUAACAGUGAAAGGAUUCCAAACAGGAUUUUAUUCGGUUUUUGAAUCCUUGGUUGAGUUUUCAAAGGCUUAUGUAAAAAUGUAUGCCGACCUCGUGACUCAUUGCGAAACUGCUAAGGCACCGGAGAAGGAAGAUGAAGGUGAACCAAGCUAUGUAGAUGAAAUGAGUUCUUAUCUAUGGGGUUGAAGUGACUGAGACAUGGAAAAGCCCGUAAAAGAAUCUGGUUAUAUAACACCUUAUGUUGCAUUUCUCACAUACGGAGUUUCAUAAAUAAGUCGCCCGAGCAGCUUGCUCGGGAAUCGUGUUUGUGGAAAGCUAUUGUAUUUGGAUGAUUGUAAGUAUUAAUGAUCUUAGUUUGAUGCUAAAGAGAGUUGCAUUUCAACAAUUUGUAACUGUUUGAGAUCAUUGUUUUUUCUU